GCCGCUGCCGCCGCCGCCGCCGCCAUGGGGAGGAGACCUGCGAGGUGCUAUCGCCAGAUCAAGAACAAGCCCUACCCCAAGUCGAGGUACUGCCGUGGUGUCCCUGACCCCAAGAUCAGGAUCUACGAUGUUGGGAUGAAGAAGAAGGGCGUGGAUGAGUUCUCCCACUGCGUGCAUCUCGUCUCUUGGGAGAAGGAGAAUGUCACCAGUGAGGCUCUUGAGGCUGCCCGUAUCGCGUGCAACAAGUACAUGACCAAGUCUGCAGGAAAGGAUGCGUUCCACCUCCGGGUUCGGGUUCACCCAUUCCAUGUGCUUCGUAUCAACAAGAUGCUUUCGUGUGCUGGGGCGGAUAGGCUCCAGACCGGGAUGAGGGGUGCUUUUGGAAAGCCACAGGGAACCUGCGCAAGGGUGGAUAUUGGCCAGGUCCUCCUUUCCGUGCGGUGCAAGCCCAACAAUGCGGUCCAUGCUAGCGAAGCCCUCCGUCGUGCCAAGUUCAAGUUCCCUGGCCGCCAAAAGAUCAUUGAAAGUAGAAAGUGGGGUUUCACCAAGUUUAACCGUGACCAGUAUGUCAAACUCAAGAGUGAGGGUAGAAUUGUGCCUGAUGGUGUCAAUGCUAAGCUACUUGGUUGCCAUGGUCGUCUGUCUGCUCGUGCCCCGGGUCAGGCUUUCCUAUCAGAGGACAUCGCUGCCUAGAUAUCCAUCUUUAUCGGUGUGAAGCCAACUUUUGAGACGUUUUAUGUUAGACGCGCUCAUUUGACUUUUUUCUUGAACCUGGAAUAUCAGAGUAUUGGUGCUAUCUUGUGUUGUACUUACCUGCGAUAUCAGAUGACUCUUGUAUCGUUAGUGGGUCGUUGCUGCUUAUUUUAAUUGUUAUCUAUGGUUGGCUCAUCUGGUGGACCUUGCCACCUUUGAACUACAAGUCCCUACACUUGUGUUACCUGCUUAAUUGCACAUGAUUGUUUAAACUCGA